UAAAAAGAAAACGCAUUUCAUUCUCAUUAAUUAAUUUCCUUGUCUCUGUCUUUCUCACUCCUCACGCAAAAUAUUCCUAAAAUCUGCCUCCCCCCAUUUUUAUAUACUCUCUGAUUCCAAGUUCUUCUCUACUUUCUCUCUCAUAAUCAACCACUCUUUCUCUCUCUUCUCUUCAAACUGUGUUUAAAGUUCCUGUCUUUUUUUGUUCAACUGCUUUAGACAUACCCACAAGAAAACUUACAGUCUUACACACCCCAUUCCCAUCAAAAACAUAAAAAAGUUGCUCUGUUUUUUUUCAAUUUUUGAAUUUGAUUGGAAACUGUUCUUGCAAACGUUUUGAUUAAAUCCCUUGAAUUAGCGAGGAAUAAUGACAUUGUGGUCUUUUUGAAGGAGUUUGUGAUGGAUCCAGAAAGUGGGCUUUCACAAAACCAACAAGUAAAGAAGAAGGAAUCAUGGAGGCAAGUUCUGAUCUUGGCUUAUCAAAGUUUAGGAGUAGUGUACGGAGAUUUAAGCACAUCCCCACUUUAUGUUUACAAGAGUGCAUUUGCGGAAGAUAUUCAGCAUUCUGAAUCAAAUGAAGAGAUUUUUGGGGUCUUGAGUUUUGUGUUCUGGACACUAACUAUUGUCCCUUUACUUAAAUAUGUGUUCAUAGUACUUAGAGCCGAUGAUAAUGGUGAAGGAGGGACAUUUGCUUUGUAUUCCUUACUGUGUCGACACGCCCGAGUCAACUCGCUCCCCAAUUGCCAAUUAGCAGAUGAGGAUUUGUCUGAGUACAAGAAAGAUGGGGUUGUUGUUCCUGCUCAAACAAGUUUUGGGUCAAGGCUUAAAUCCAUUUUGGAAAAGCAUAGAGUUUUGCAGAAGUUGUUGCUUAUCCUAGCUUUGAUUGGAGCUUGUAUGGUGAUUGGAGAUGGUGUCCUUACCCCGGCACUAUCUGUUUUUUCUGCGGUAUCUGGUUUGGAGCUCUCAAUGUCACAUGAGCAUCACAAAUAUGUAGAACUACCGGUUACAUGCGUUAUACUUAUUGGCUUGUUCGCACUCCAGCAUUAUGGGACACAUCGAGUGGGAUUCUUGUUUGCGCCAAUAGUUGUGACCUGGCUUUUCUGCAUCAGUACCAUCGGUUUAUAUAACAUUAUACACUGGAACCCACAUGUUUAUAAAGCACUCUCCCCGGUUUACAUGUACAAAUUUCUGAAGAAAACACAAACCGGUGGUUGGAUGUCUUUGGGUGGAAUUUUGUUGUGUAUAACAGGUUCAGAGGCGAUGUUUGCUGAUCUUGGCCACUUCUCACAAUCAUCAAUCAAGAUUGCCUUUAGUUUCGUGGUGUAUCCAUCGUUGAUUCUCGCUUACAUGGGACAAGCUGCCUAUCUUUCGAGACACCAUGUGAUUACAACUACUUAUCAAAUCGGAUUCUACGUUUCUGUGCCAGAAAAAUUAAGAUGGCCUGUACUUGGAAUAGCUAUUCUAGCUGCUGUAGUGGGAAGCCAAGCAAUAAUAACUGGCACCUUCUCCAUUAUUAAGCAAUGCCAGGCCCUGGGAUGCUUCCCGCGAGUAAAAAUUGUGCACACAUCUUCCAAGAUUCAUGGGCAAAUAUACAUCCCAGAGAUUAACUGGAUACUGAUGAUAUUAUGCUUGGCUGUCACUAUUGGUUUUAGAGACACAAAGCGUAUGGGCAAUGCCUCAGGUUUGGCUGUCAUAACAGUAAUGCUUGUGACAACAUGCCUAAUGUCACUCGUUAUUGUUAUUUGUUGGCGCAAAAGUGUUUUUGUAGCACUUGCUUUUGUACUUUUCUUUGGCGCCUUUGAAGCAUUAUACUUCUCCGCGUCCCUUAUCAAGUUUCUUGAAGGAGCCUGGGUUCCAAUUGCCCUUUCAUUAUUCUUCAUGCUUAUAAUGUAUGUUUGGCACUACGGCACCCUGAAGAAGUACGAGUUUGAUGUCCAAAACAAGGUCUCCAUCAAUUGGCUUCUUAGCUUAGGGCCGAGCUUGGGUAUAGUACGGGUCCGUGGUUUGGGUUUGAUCCACACUGAGCUUGUAUCCGGGAUCCCAGCAAUCUUCUCUCACUUUGUCACCAAUCUUCCUGCUUUUCACCAAGUCCUGGUUUUCCUGUGUGUUAAAUCGGUGCCUGUUCCACAUGUAAGGCCAGAAGAGAGAUUUCUCGUGGGUCACAUCGGGCCAAAAGAAUACCGGCUUUAUAGAUGUAUUGUGAGAUAUGGGUACCGUGAUUUUCACAAGGAUGACUUUGAGUUCGAGAAUGAUCUAGUGUGUAGCAUAGCGGAGUUCAUAAGAGGCGAAAGUAAUAAGAUGAACGGGUUGAAGGAUGAGUCAGACAAAGAUACCGAUGAAAAGAUGACCGUAGUUGGAAGUCCCUCUACGCAUGUGGAUGGAAUUAGGAUGCAUGAAGACGUGGAAGUGGAAGACAUACCGGAAACUUCAGAGAUGAAAGAGAUACGAUCUCCAUUAACCACUCCAAAGAAAAGGGUACGGUUUUUGUUGCCAGAAACACCAAAGAUGGAAGAUAAAACAAUGGAAGAACUACAAGAUCUAAUGGAAGCAAGAGAAGCAGGAAUAGCAUACAUAUUGGGGCAUUCGCAUGUAAGAGCAAAGCAAGGGUCGGGUUGGAUUAAGAAGCUUGCAAUAAAUAUAGGUUACGAUUUCUUGAGAAGAAACUGCAGAGCGCCUUCUUAUCCGCUUAGCGUUCCUCAUGCAUCGACUUUAGAGGUAGGAAUGAUCUGCCAUAUGUAGUUAUAAGUUUAUUGCAUGCGACAUGAUUUUGCAUAUACUUUGUAAAUGAUGUAAUUUUUGCUUUGUAUAUGGAGUGGUCACCUUGUUUUUGCACAA